CAAAAUUGUAAUUUAUCAACAUAAAUGUAAAGGUGACCUUUUUCGUCCCAUCUUCCCUUUGCAACUGCGUGAACUUUCAAUUUUAAUCCUCCAUUUCUAUUCCAAAACCAUUUAACCACUCCGGGUGUUUUGCAAUCCCUAGUUCUGAUUUUUGAACCUCCACUAGCAGCUAGACAAAUAUAAGCUUAGAAGCCCUAGACAAAAAGGGCAUAAAUGAACAGUAUUUGGGUUGCGAAAAACGACCAAAAAAAAAAAAAUUUCAAAAAUCAAAAAGUGGUCGUUAAACACUAACCUCUGUCUUCGACUUAACCGCCCAUUUUCACACCCACAAAAAGGGUCUCUCACAGCAUAUAUAUCUAUGUGAAUAUAUAUAUAAAUACGCAUAUCCAUCUGAAAUGUCAUUCUUUUAACCAUCCUCCACAAGAAGCCCAAGAAAUCCAAAAUUGGGUAAUCAAACUUAGGGUUUCUUCUAACUUUUAAGGUCUCAAUCACUCACUCUUUUGAUCUUUGAAUCAAGAUGUUCAGUGGAAUAUAUCGUGACCAUCCUUGGGAUGAUUUCGACAUGCAAUUGAUCGGAAACUUUCUGAGUUUCGCUUCGAGAGGGGACAGGGUUGGACUGAAUCAAAUGUUGAGGAAAGGUAUAUCUCCCAACGUGCAGGACUAUGACAAGCGAACAGCUCUGCAUCUUGCGGCCAGUGAGGGUCAUGCCUCAAUUGUCGAGCUACUUUUGCAUUACAAGGCCGAGGUUAACCUCGAAGAUCGGUGGCAAAGAACCCCUUUGACAGAUGCUAGGCUCUAUGGACACCGAGAUAUAUGCAGGAUCCUGGAAGUCAAUGGAGGCAGGGAUUCUGUUGAUGACCAGACAAUGACAGUUUGUCGUGAACAAGAUUCAAAUGAAGUGAAUAUUGAUAUGUCUGAAUUGAAUUUACAGCAGUCCUCAAUAAUUGAACAGGGUGUAUUUGGUGAAUCUGAGAAGGUCAAGUGGCGUGGAACGUGGGUUGUUAAAACAGUAAUCAAGAGGGUUUUGUCUGCCAAGGAUAAUACUCUUUUAAGGGAACUUCGGCAUCCCAAUAUUUUGCAGUUUCUUGGUUCAAUUGUUCAUGGUGAAGAGAUGAUCCUGAUUACAGAAUAUUUGUCAAAAGGAAACUUAAAUGAGAUUCUGGAUAAAAAAGUUCGCCUUGACAUACCAACUGCUGUGAGAUAUGCACUUGACAUUGCUAGGGGAAUGAAUUACCUUCAUCAGCACAAGCCCUUACCCAUAGUACACAAUCAUUUGCAUCUCAGAAACUUGCUGCAAGAUGAAGGUGGCCACUUGAAGAUUGGUGAAUAUUGGGUUCAAAUGUUGUAUGAGCGGAUACACCCCAAUCAAGACAAUUGUCAAGUAAAUGACAAUACUAGGAUCAUUAGAUCUUCAUCAAAUGACACCAACAAAGAUAUUCAUUCAUUUGGAUUCAUAUUUUAUCAGAUGCUAGAAGGAAAGCACCUUACUGACUUUAUACAUCUCAAAUCCUUCGAUUUUGAGCCAAAGUUUCAUGUAAGCAGAUGUCCUGGAAGAAUUCAACAGAUGAUAAAGCAUUGCACUAGCAAGGACCCGUCUGAGAGGCCUACAUUCGAAGCUGUCAUACAAAUCCUAGAAGAAGUUUCGUCUUGGCUGCGAAAAGCUGGUUGCCCUGUUUGUUGAUCAAGUUGUAGAAUAUAGAUAAAUUCAAGCGACGGCAUAAGUGAAACUCGCUUGGAGCAAGAUGAAAAAAAGACUUGCAUUGAUGCAAUUGACAUGCUCUGAUCAAAUGGUAGCUGUUUCAGAGACCUCUUGUAUUGAUGUUAAUAAAGCUGUUGUUUUUUAAUAUUAUCUUCCCAACCUUAUUUGAAGAUUCUCACAAGAUCUCACACCUAUUCUCGCUAUUGAUUUAGUUUUCUUUCUUUCUGGGAAAGGAUUACUAGAUAAA